ACAAGUUGGAGUACUCGUAAUUGCUCAACAAACACACAAAAAAACUUACAGACGAAUUGCGAUCCUCCUUGUUUUGAUAAGUCGGGUCAAAAGCAUAUUAUUAUUAUCAUUGUAAAAAAUUUAGCGUUUUACUUCAGAUCCAGUACAGAAUGCCAGUGGUUAAUGUGAGACCUAAGUUUGUUGAUUUUAAAACAAACAAACAAGUAGUUGUUUUUAAUUUUUGAGACUAUUUAAAGGUGACAAGCUUGUCAGUUGUGAGUUCAGUCCACUUCAAGUGCUCAGUUCAUUGGCUUUGAAUAAUGCUGGUAGUAAACCUGAUUUUAAUCUUGGUCAUACUCCAGGAACUUCACUACCCGCCUUGUGUUGCGGUGCCCCCGGAAAACGUACCUCCAUUUAAAACAAUUGUGAAGCACGACCCAAGAGUAGCAUUUUACGCGAAAAUGGGAUGGAAAAAAACAAUAAAUCCAUGGAUGGCCCCUAUAUAUCACAUGGAGGCCUACAUACAUAGAUGUUCUAAUGUCGUACUUUUUGUAAUUAAUAUAAACAAUUACUCAGGUUCGAAUAGAGAACAAACAAUUAUAACCACAGGAGUUUUCAUUAGCUCAACUCGUGUCCUCACUUCAUUUAAUCCAUUUAAAAAAUAUUUACAAGAUGCUGAAGUUGUUAACAAAACUAUAAUACUUUCGCCGCAUUAUUUUUGGCACAAUAAAAAAUACGGACAUGCAUACGUCGCACCACGUGUAGAUACGAUUGAAUGUGGACGUCAAAUAAUGCCUUUACCGGAUGAUGCUGAUGUGCUUUAUGUAAACAAAGAAAAGAUUUCCCCACUUCACGAUUUAAUGGUGUUUAGAAUAACUGAACCUAAGGAGUUUUUGCCCCCUCGUGCAUAUAGUGGGUAUGUAAAUUUCAGUCCACAAUGGCGGUUUUGGAAUAUGAGCGUGCCAGGAUUACCGCUUGCCAGCCCACUUGAUGAUAUAUUUAAAAAUAGAAUAGUUCGAAUCGUUGGAUUCGGUUUUAUUAAUGAAACCGAAUUUAAAAAGGAACAUAAAAGAUUGCACGAAGUUCUUUUACAUCCUAACCCGGUCGACAUCUUGGACUGCGACAGUUGGAUACCUCGAGAGUGGGGUUACUUCAUAUGCGUCAGAAAUUUUUUUAGUAGUCCAGCGCUGCCGUCUGGUGCCGUUUUGCAAUCAUAUUCAAAUGUGUAUGGAAUAGGCAGUUUCACGUUGACCAGAAAUGGGGAAUCAAUUUUUGUUUUCACUGACGUGAGACCUUAUAGGAACCAAAUAUUGCAUGCUUGCUCUAUAUACGAGUUCGAAGAUACUCCAGACCCAAGAAUAUGGUGGUGACCAAAGUAAUCUUAUAUGAAACCAUAAUAAUAUCGUACGAUGUCUUCCAAUUUUAUUGUGCAUCAAGUUACUUUUAAAACAUUUACCUUAAUAUGGACAAGGCUUAAUUAACAUUCUCUAAAAGCCAAAUAUUAACUGCACUUAUGGCACGGUGACUGGGCAAUCAGCUGUCGCACAUCUUGUAACGGAUUCGAUCCUCAUCCGGGGCAAGGCACACGUGUAUAUGAAAUUAUGUUUGUAAACGGACCCACAACACAGGAGAAAAUCCUAGUGUGGAGAAAUAUUUUUCUAAAAUGAAGAAAAUCUUUAGUUGAUGCAGAGACAAACCAGUUCAAUGGUAGAUGCAAUGAACCAAGUAUAAUCCGGUACCUACUUCCAGUUGAACUACAGAGAGUUUUGGGAGGUUGUGGCGGGUGGGCCCAUUUAAAACAAGAUAAUCCGGAUAUAAUAAAGAAAUGUUACUAAAUAAGCUCCCCCCUAUUACAUGGGACUUACAACACAAAUGGUGAAAAGUGGGCGUACAUUGUAAAGGGGCAUUGCGUGCGUAAUGUGCACUUGGGGAAAAAAGGCGUGUUGUUCUAUAUGUAAAUAAAUAUUAUAUACUAACGUAAAUACACAACGUGUUACGUUAUAUGUGGAAACUUAAGUGAUUUUUAAUUAAUUUGACCUAAUUUUUAGAGGAGCGUAUUAAUGAUGUAAAAAGUUUUAUAUGAUGUCUGACAAGAAUUAACUUGGACAACAACUAUUUGUAUUUAUUUAUUUAUUUUGGCAUGAUCUAUUUAAUAAAUAGACAGGAUCAAUUUUUUUUUUUAAUAGAACCUACCUAAAUCUACCUUUUUUUAUGGAAUAAGCUGAUAAACGAGUAGACGGAUCAUCUGAUGGUAAGCAAUCGCCGCCGCCCAUGGACACUUGAAACGCCAGAGACAUUACAAGUGCGUUGUCGGCCUUUUGGGG